AAGGCGGUACUUUGUUAGCCAGAAUCAACCAAUCAUAUUUGUUUUCGGUUAGGAUAUUUGAAUUGAAACCAUCCAAACAGAUGAAUUUUGUUUGUUUGUGUUUUUUCACUCAACAACAAUGUAUCCAAUGCUUAAUAUUCGAUAAUUCGAUAUUUUCAAGUUCUUCGAAUUUGUUACAUUUUGUUUUCAUCCUUUAUAUUUUAAAAUGUAACAUUUUUUCUACCAUGAAUACAGAUAAUUUAUCUGUUCAAAUUCGAAUUGAUUUUUUAACUAAAUUAAAAAAUUAUCCACAUAUUUUGGAGAAAAUUCUCGCCAAUCUUCGACCAAAAGAUCUUCGAACAAUAUCGUGUGUUUGUAAAAGUUGGUAUGAAAUACUUUGUAAUAGAACACCAAUUGCAAAUCGUCGUCGAUCAAAAUCAAUAAAGAAAUUGCGUAAAAUUAAACGAAUAAAAGGUGAAGAAAAUUGGCCUAUUGAUUUGAAAUGUGCAAAACUAAAACGAAAACUACAAAAAGAACGUCAAGCUUUAUCAUCGAUUCAAAACUUAUCAACAACUAAUGAUAAUCGUUUACCUUCUUGUUCGAAUGAUGAUAACGAAGUUAGAACACCGAAACGAAAACGAUGGACAUUGGCUCAGGUACCAUUCAAAUCUUGGUGAUUAAUUUUUCUCUCAAAAUAAUUAUCUUUGAUUAUUCCGAAAUGAUUGAUUGAAAAGUAUUUUUUUGUUUUGUUUUAUCUGGUUUAUCAAACCAAUAUUGUUUUUUAUUUAUCAUGUUC